GAUUUGGCGUGCCGUAAUUGCCUAAUCGACACACAGAAGAACAUCGUAAAGAUUUCGGACUUUGGACUUUCCAAGCAAGCCGAUUCGUACAAAAUUCUGCCGACAGAAAAAAUUCCUACAAAAUGGCAGGCCUCCAGACCACCAGUCUGUAGGCGACACUACAUCUAUACACGUGAAUGUGACGUAUAUUCUUACGGAAUACUCGUCUGGGAGAUUUUCAAUAAUGCAAAAAUGCCGUUCGAAGAAUACGAUAAUAAGACGGUUCGACAACGGUUGUCCGAUCCAACAUUUCGACCUCCUCUUUCCGAGGACCUGCCAGACGAAAUUCGCGUGGUCUGCACUGCAUGUUGGUCGGCAGCGCCAGAUAGCCGACCAGUAAUGAAGGACGUUGCUUGGAUUUUGAAGGGUUUUUCAACGAGGCACAAGUCAUGUCAAGGAGACGACAACGAUGAAGCAGCCGGCACCGCCAACUCCGGCAGCCAAGCCGACAGGAGCUUCUCAGACUUCAGCUCC